AUGGCACAGUCGGCCUCUUCGUCAGCAGCCAGCUCUGCUUCUAGUGGCAGCCGACAGAAGCUGGAUCCCAUCACACGCAAUGCGCUUCGCUAUACCGUCAGUGCAAAAGAGUAUGAACUACUGCAUCAAUACCUCGCUUCACGCGCCCCCUCAGUUCAGAAGCGCGCUCUUCCACCGCGCAAAUUCGAGGCCAUAGUACAAUCCAAUCACGAUGCCACUGUCUCGACAGUACGAGCCAGUCUGCGCGUCUUUGCCAUGACUUAUGCCGCCCUCAAAGGAUGGGAUGUCAUAUCGCGCAGACUGCGGCCCUCCAGCCCAAAUACAAAGAAUACUGGUCCCAAAGCAUCCAACCUGCGCCUGUCAGCCUCGUUAUCUCUCAUCCUUCUCUUCCACCGCCUACUAUACCGCUUCUUCCUCCGCCUCCGUGCUUCGUUACUCGAACCCUCGGCUCGUCCCUUCCGCCGUCGCAAUCCUCGCAUCAGUCUUGGUUUGACAUCACGAUACACUCCUGCCAUAGGCGCAGCACUGUCCGGCCUCUUCUUGGGAGUGUGUCCCGCCUCUCAGUUGCGCAUCAGUGUCGCCAUCUACACCUUCAGCCGUUCGCUUGAAUUCGCCUACAAUGCUGCGGAAGAGAAGGGUAUUUGGGGCAAGAGAGGCAAGCCGGAUUGGGUGGGAAGCUGGAUGCUUAUGCCAUUUGCUUGUGGCCAACUUCUACACGCUUUCGUCUUCGAUCGAGACUGCUUUCCCACAAACUUCGGCAGCUUCAUCUUGAAACGCAGCCCCGAAUACAUUCAGCAACGUCCGUCAACAUAUCCCGCCGACAAAUCCUGGCCUGCCACAUUCGACAUCGUCGAUGGCCUGGCCGACAUCUCGCGCCUCCGUUGGCCAUCUUUCGUUUCGCCCAUUCUCUUCCCCGCCGCUAAACAACAUCUACCUGCCUCGAUUUCGCAUCUAUCGCCCAUCACUGCCCCGGCACACCCUGCCAUCACGAACACCUCAUGCGCUCUCCUACAUCCUAACGACCCUUCAUGCAUGCGAACAUAUGUCAAAUAUUUCAUCGCCUCUUUCCCCUCUACCGCCCGCUUCUUCACAGUCAUCUACGCUGUCUUCGCCCUUAUAUCCUAUAAAUCUUUCCUCCAAAACCCUAUGCAACAACUCAACCACCUAGCCGCGAAGAUCCUACGCAUGUCUCUUUUCAUUACUGGUUCUAUCGGCACAGCAUGGGGAAGCAUCUGUCUGUUUGCAACAUACCUUCCUCGCAACACUUUGGCCACACAGCGCUGGUUCCUCAGUGGCUUCUUGGGUGGUCUCUGGGCUUUUGUUGCUAGAAGAGGUCAGCGUAGCAGUUUCAUCUACUCUGCACGAAUGAGUCUUGAUUCUUUCUGGAAAGUUGGCGUCAAGAGGGGAUGGUGGAAGGGUGUCAAAGGUGGAGAUGUCAUGCUAUUUGCUGCUAGUCUGGCGCUCAUCAAUGCCUUGUAUGAGACACAACCUAAGGCUGUCAGAGGUGCCAUGAUUCGCAAAGGCAUGGGCGUAUUGAGAGGCGAGGGAUGGGUUGACCGCACAAUUGCUCAGGAAGAGCAGUACACACCCACGCCGGAAGUGGAAGACAAGAAGGAGGACUAG